AUGGAAGGAAUUUUAGAAGAAGAGGUUAGAGAUGGAAAACCAUUGAGAGAAGCACAGGAGGUUUUUAUUCGAAUGCAUAGGUUGGUUUUUUUCAAAAUUUAAAUUUAGGCUAACUUAUUUUUAUUUUUUGUGGAAAAAUUGUGAAUUUUUGAUAUACAAUAAGUUAUUUUUCGUUUUUUUUGAGCCCAAAAAUUAAUUUUUUUCAAACUGAAUUCAAAUUCCCACGUGAUCCAAUUUUUCAUCAAACAAAAAUCUUGAAUUCAUUUUCAACGUGACCUAGUUUUUUCCCUCGUGGUCUCAAUUUUUUUCAAAAUCUAGUCACUCCUCAUUUCUGAAUGUUCAUUUUUUAGAAACUACCGAGCUUCUCGAAAUAUACGAGCACAUUGGCUUUUUCAUCAUUUGGAUAAGACGAUUCGAAUUGAGGCCGAUGAUUUGGAUGUGAGUUUGAUUGUGAGAAACAUAUUUUGAAGGGAACAUUUGAGUUAUGACGUGGCAAAUGGCCGUGUUGAAAAUUUACAAUUUUGAGAUAUAAUUCAAUAUGAAAGGGGUUUCUGAAUAAACAAAAAGACGAUUUUUUUCCUUUUUAAUCAAGUUUGUCAUUAAAAAUUAAUAUCAGAAUUUUUUGAAACAAUAUUUUUGAAACAGUUAAUUUUUUUAGAUAUAAAAAAAUUUCCAAAAUUCAAAUUCUCAAAAGAUGUAUCAUUUUUCUGUAAAAAAUUACAUAAUUUCUAUUUCAGUCAUCAAUUUGACUGAAUUUCGGACCAAAAUCUGGGGUUUUCAGAAAAAAAAGAGUUAUGACGUGCCAAACACAAUUUUGCAAAGUGAAAAACUUGUUCAGAAAUUCGCUUAAAUUUUAGUCGCAAAAGUGAAAGUUCCGCUAUCAUUAAAUGAAAAUAUAGUUAAUUUUUAAAACAAUAUUUUGAAACAGUUAAUUUUUUAGCUAUACAAAAUUUCUCAUAUUUUCAAAAGUUUUUAAAUUUUCUUCUGAAAUUAGAUAAUUUCUAUUUUCAGUCAUCAAUUUGACUGAAUUUCGGACCGAAAUCAGGGUUUUCCAGAAAAAUUGAGUUAUGACGUGGAAACAGACCAAAUGAAAAGAAAAUGUUUGAAAAACGGCGAUUUUUUUAAUCAAAAUUUAACAAGAUCAACUGUUGUAUUAUCAAAUAAUCAAAAAAUAAUUUCAGAAAUUUUUAAAACAACAUUUUUGAAACAGUAAAUUUUUUAGCUAUAAAACAUUUCUGAAAAAUUUAAAAUUCUCAAAUUGUUUUCCCAAUUCUUGACCUAAAUAUAGAGCUUUUGCAAAAAACAUGAAUUUUUCAAACCUAUCAAGUAUGUUUUUUCUGCCACGUCAUAACCCAACUUCAGAUCAGCUGGUUUUCACUUCAAAAUUCUAAUAAACAAGUCCAAAACAUUUUCAAUAAACCAUAUUUUUUUCCAGAAAGACGAUGAAUAUUCGAAAGAAAUGAAAGUAAUUGGAAUAAUUCCAAAAGGCGGUGAUGGCUCUGAAAUUGUUCUCGACGAACAUUUUCUUGUCACAGUCGACACAAAAGUAACAUAUAUAUCAAGAUAUUAUCGACAUGUAUUUGUAUUAGAUUUGAGUCCAUCAACAAUUGUUGCAGACGAUGAUUCAGAUUGUUGUCUCUCAUCUCGACUUAUUCCAACUCUUCGAAACACUGUCAAAUCAGCCACAAAGAAAUUUCGUGUUCCAGGAACCCAGAAAAUCCUACAACCGCAGGUUUAUAUGACUGUUUGCGUAUUUGUGCCAUUUUUGACGUUUGAACACGAGUUGACAUUGAUUCAAGGCGUAUUUUUGACCGAAACAAAUGUUGAUGCGGUUUUGGAUAUUGUUGAGGAGAAAUUCAAUAAAUUGUUCAAGGCAUUGUAUGAAUUUUCGAGAAAACCAUUGGCUGAAUGGGGACAGCAGAAGAGAAGAUAUAGAAAUACGAAAUUUGAAUCGAUUUGUGAGAAUACAAAUGAUGAUGGACAUGAAAAUAGUAAUUCAUCUUUGAGACAUCAUAUUUCAGGUAUUUUUCUAGUUUUUUAUAAUUUAUUGGGGCCAGGAAAUGACGAAGACAAUUCAUUUCAAGCGAAAAAUACGUUUCUGAAAUUUUUUUUAUAAUUUUUGAAACUGAUAAUAUUCUGAUCAUCGAAUUUAGUCUCUAAAAGUCUACCCAUAAAAUAAUUAAAUUAUAAAAAAAUGUAGUCAAAUUUGGCCUAAAUACUUUUUUUCAAAAAAUAGUUUUUGCCACGUCAUAACUUUUGUUAUUCCAGAAAAAUUCCUCAUCCCAAAACGAGAUACUCGAAAAUUGACUAGAACCGGCUCGACACUUCAAAGACAUCGAAAUCCCCAAUUUUUGAUGCAAUAUCCGAGAAAAGUUUGGUAAGGCUUAUCAAUUUUCCAACUUUUUCCAUCACCAAUUUUGUUUUCUCUAGGAAAGUUCAAUCGGAAGUUGUCGAUCCGUCAACAAUUCCUCGAAAAUUCCAAAAAGAUUAUAUUCAUCCAGAAUGGUCGCUGAUUUUUAUGUUGAGAAUUGGACUGAUUGCCACACAAAUGCUACCGGAAAAUACACAAUCUAGUGAGUUUUUUUAGAAGAUGGUUCACAAAUAUAUCGAAAAAGGGUAUUUUAAGAAUAUUCUUGAAGUGAUAUUGAAAUAGUGAAUUUUUGAAAUAUUUUUCUGUGAAAUUUACGAUUUUUGACCAAAAAAAAAAAGUUUGAUUCCAUAGAGCUUUGUUUUUUGGAACCUAACUAGGAUCGAAUAUUAAACGUGAAUAUUUUCAAAAAAUUUUCUGAAAAUUUUGAAACAGUGCAUUUUUUUCGAUCUAAAAAGGUGAAAUUUAUAAAAAAUUUCAAAUUUGAAAGAUCUCAAAUUAUUUGAUUAGCCCCAUUAUUUCCCUUAACCUUUUUAGCGUGCCCAGAGUGUUCUAUGAUUUUUUUUGCUUCAGUUACUAGAAAAAUCAUUUCCGAACUGUUCUCACAAUUUUUUUGAAACAGUGAAGUUUUUAAAUAUCUGAAUUUUGCUAAAAUAGGAUGUUUUAUUUGAAAAAAUGACAAAAAUUCAUUGAAAAAUCUGGAAAUCCUUCAUUUUUUAAGCAACACAUUUUUCUACGUAAGUACUGUAACUUUCAAAUUUCAAUGUGGAAAAAAUCCACUGUUUCAACAUUUUUUGAAAACAUUUUUUGAAAUUAUUUUUUGCAGUGGUCAAUUGAUAUUUUUUCGAAACAGUAGAUUUUUUGACAAUUGCAAAAUUUAAAUUUUUUGUAAAAUGUUGCAUCAACAAAAAAUUAUUUCGGAACUAUUCUUACAAUGUUUUUGAAACAGUGAAUUUUCCAAACGUCUGAUAUUUUUCUAAAAUUGGAUGUUUUAUUUGAAUAAAAUUGACAAAAAUUCAUUAAAAAUUUGGAAAUCCUUCAUUUUUGACGCAACACAUUUUUCUACAUAAGUGCUGUAUUUCACUUUCAAAUUUCAGUGUUGAAAAAAUCCACUGUUUCAAAAUUUUUUCAAAACAUUUUUGAAAAUAUUAGUUCAGUUCAUUGGUUCAAAAUAUUCUUACAAUAUUUUUGAAACAGUAGAUUUUUCCGAAUUUUUUUACAAAAAAAUAUUCUCCUAAAUUUCUCGAAAUAAUGGAUUCAUUUUUUUCUCUGAAAACACAAUUUCCAGAGAAAAUUUUGAUUUGAAAAAACCACAAAACAAUCAAUAAUUUUUUUCUCAAUAUUUUUCUUUGCAAAAUUUUUGAAACAGUAGAUUUUUCGACAAUUGCAAUAUUUUCAGACCUAAUCGUAAUAACUGAUUCCGUGUGUGGUAUGCCCGAUUCCAACGCUCUUCAACAAGUUCUAACACAACUUCGAAGCUACACAAUCGCCUGUUCCUUCAUUCAACUCCAACGAAAAACGUGUAGUGAACCGGUUUUUGGACACGUUGGAUCUUGCGAACUUUUUCAUUUUUUAACAAUGGCAACUUUUGGAACUUAUUUGCCGAAACAUCGAAGUCAUGCGUGUUGUGCGAAUUUAGAGGAACUUCAUGAACACAAAUCAUUUGAUGAGGCAACUGAAGAGAGUUCUGGUGAGUAAUUUUUUCCUAGAGAAAGAAAUAUUUUUUUUUUCAUCCAGAAAAUCUGAACACGUAUCAUCGAGCUCUUGUUUGUUGGUCAUUUCAAAAAGCACUGGGAGAUCACGCUUUCAUGGAAAAUGCGUUCACUUCUAUCAAUCCGGAAUUUGUUGCACUUCAAAGACGUGGAAUUGAACGGCAUCGUCGAUUUAUGACAACUUAUUAUGCGACUUUGAAUCAGUUGAUGUAUGUUAGAUUGAGAGAGGGAUUCACGUUGAAGUCGAGUGAGUUUUUUUUGGAAAUGAAAAUGGGAAUGGGGAAAACUUCAUAGUCGUAUUCAAAAUUAAAUUUAUUUUCAAAAAAAAUUCACUGUUUCAUGAAACACUUAUGGUUUGAAAUAGUUUUGGAAAUUUAUUGUGACCAAUCAAAAUUUUCUAUAAAAAAAAUGAAUCUGCGUUCGGGGGGAAUCGAACCCCCGUCGAAUGCUUGGAAGGCAUCCAUGCUGACCAUUACACCACGAACGCGAUAUGAAAAUUAUUGCAGAAAUUUCGGAGAUAUCAAAACUUAUUUGGAUAUGGGAUUUUCUCGCCAAAACCGGUUAUUUUCACGAUAUCCAAAUAUGUAGUUUUGAUAUCUCCGAAAUUUCUUCAAUAAUUUUCAUAUCGCGUUCGUGGUGUAAUGGUCAGCAUGGAUGCCUUCCAAGCAUUCGACGGGGGUUCGAUUCCCCCCGAACGCAGAAUUUUUUGAUUUUUUUUCUUUAAAUCGUUUGCGUGUGUUUUAUCGUAUUUAGAUAUUACUUACACAUUCUCCAUGAAACAGUGAAAAAAUUUUCUAAAAAUAUUCGAACCCGUAUCAAAAUGUUAUCAAUACAAAUCCAAAAUUAUCCUAUCCUAUAAGUUUUCUGUGAAACAGUAAAAUUUUUUUGCCAGUUUUGAAAAUAAAAAAAAAACAUUUCAACUUGAUUUCUGGUGCAACUUUCUUGCAAUUUUCAAAUUUUGAGUAUUCUAGAAGGAUUUAUCCAAUAAAAAGUGAAAUCAAUUUUUUUCCAGCCGCUCUUCGAGAUGAUCGAACUGUUCUCGUAAUAACUCUCUGCCUCGCAUUUCGACCUCUUGUUUUCAUCGAAUAUAUCAUCAGAUGUCCAUGGCCAAUUGAAAAAGAUCAACGACAAAAUAUUCAAGUUGAACUAAUCAUCGAAGCUCCUUACAACGAAUUAAAAGAUCUUCUAACAGAAGGACAAUAUUUGGAUCCGGAAAGAUUGAACCUGACAAAAUCUGCAAUUGAUGGAAUUAUUGAAGCCGAUCGACUUUUGAUUCAUAUUCAUUCAUUCGACACGCAAAGGUAUUAUUAUACAAUUCCUUCUGGUGUCACAAUUGAUUAUGCAUUAUUUGGAAGUUAUGAUAAGAAUGCGAGAAGAUUGCCGCCAAUUUGUAUGGGAAGACAUGAUGAAAAUUCGACACGUAGUUUUAUUGGAUUCUGGAGGGUUUUGCUGGAAUUGAACGAUAAUACGUGGCAAAAAUGGGUGCAUACACAUUGUGAACGGGUUUUGUUGACAGUGCCAGAUUUACCAUUUUCGGUUUUCAAUACGAAACAUUGUUUGGAAUUUGAUUGCUCAAAAGCUCUACAUAAAUUGCAUGCGUUGAUCAAAACACAAAGCACAUUUUGUUUGGUAAAUGGGCAUACUUAUGUUACUUUGGUUUAUGGAGAUCGAAAUGAGAAUCAAGAAGAAAUUGAGAAUGAAGAAUCAUCGAAACCGCCCGAUUUUUUCUAUAUGAAACGGAUUUGUGACGAGGCGCCGGUUGUUGUUAUUAAGACGGCGUUUUUGGGAGGAAUUAGUUCGUCGGUUAGAAGAGAGGUUGGUUGCGAUUUUUGAGGAAAUGUAUUUAAAGCUAGGCUUUUCCUUUCACUUUUGUUCAAAAUUCCAAGGUUUCACAAUUUUUCAUUUUCAUCGAUCAUGAGAAUCUGUCUCAAAAUUCAUAGAUUUUUUGAAACAGCAAUUUUUUAUUUGAUUUCCCAUGGAUUUUGAAUUAUUCCUUUUUUUGUUUGUAUUGUUGCCUGAAUCUACCACGAAAAACUAUAGAAUAUUUGAAACAGCAGAUUUUUUUCAUUUCAAAAUAAUUUUUUCUUCAUAUUUUCGCAUUGAACAAUGCUUCUAGAAGUUUUGAAGAAAUGUUGCUGGAAUUCUUUUAAUUUUUUUCAAUGUUUCAAAAAUUUGUUCAGCCAGUUUUAUUAUCUCUUAUGCCUCUGUUGUUGUGAUUAAAUUGAGAACCGACCGCAAAAUCUAUAGAAAUUUCGAAACAGCAAAUUUUUUUCACCCAAAAAAUUGGAUUUUAAAAUUGUUAUCCGAAUCCGAACUUUUGGAAAAUCAAAAAAAAAAACAUUUUAGAAUGAAGUAGCUGAUACGUAACUACAAAAAUACCUUUACCUUCAAGUCUAUAGAAAUUUUGAAACAGCAAAUUUUUAAUGUCAAAAAAUUUAUUUGAAUUUUUAAGAAUUUUUGAACUUUACAAAAUUCAUUUGUUUUUCUCCAAAAUUCUACGUACGACAAAAAUCACUAUGAAAAAUUCGCCAAAAAAAAAAUAAAAAUUUUGAAACAGCAAAUUUUUUUUACCCAAAAAAUUUAUUUUGACUUUUUAUGAUCUGAGCACUAUCACUUCAAAAAUCCACUGAAAAAAUCAUAGAAAUUUUGAAACAGCAAAUUUUUUUUAACCAAAAAAUUUAUUUUGACUUUUUAUGAUCUGAGCACUAUCACUUCAAAAAUCCACUGAAAAAAUCAUAGAAAUUUUGAAACAGCAAAUUUUUUUUAACCAAAAAAUUUAUUUUGACUUUUUAUGAUCUGAGCACUAUCACUUCAAAAAUCCACUGAAGAAAUCAUAGAAGUUUUGAAACAGUAAAUUUUUUCCACCCGAAAAAUUCGAUUUUAAAAUUGUUUUCUGAACUUUUGGAAAGUCAAUAAAAACAUUUUUAAAUUUUUAAAUGAAGUAGCUGAUAACUACAAAAAUACCUUUACCUUUAAGUCUAUAGAAAUUUCGAAACAGCAAAUUUUUUGCAGAUCGUUGAAGAACAUCGAAACCGCCUCCGAAAACUUCGAUUUGACACAACUCCCAGUGAAUUAAAACUGCAAACCGAAGUAAAAUCCGACGCAAAUCGACCUCGUUUAGACACUGACAAAGAAAAUGUAUUGAGUGUAAUUCGCAGGCCCCUUGAAAGAAUGCUUGUUCGAUACACGGAAAUACCAUUAGAUCUACAAUUUAUUGUAAGAGCUGAUGAAAAAACCAAUGAUGAAGAAGAGAUUAAAUUAAUCACUUUGCACAAUGCGAUUUCAAAGUUUUUAUCGUGUCGAAGAUCGAUUAUUUUGAUAUCACCGAAUCAAAAAGAAGGCGGAGCUUAUCUUGUUCGAAAUUUGGCGGAUUUUAUCAUGAAUGUUAUAAUGCAAAAAAGAUUGCAUACGGAAAAAUUCAAAGCCGCUUGGACGAACAAUAAUAUUAUUUCGGUUUGCAGACAAGUUUGUAAUUCGGGUGGAACAAGUUUGGAACAAUUUAUCAUGUUUCCGGCAACAACUUUGGCUAUCACUGAUCAUAAAUUGAAUUUGAAACGACCGCCAACUUUGGUGAAAAAACGAAGAAAAAUGGCGAAUGUGAUGCCGGAUAAAAAGUGGAAUCGACCAUUGGCUGUGAUUUCGGAAUUUUGGUAUGAAGCGGAGACUUUGGAAUUGAUUGAUUCACCAAAUCGAGGAGCACUCAAUAAUAAAAGUAUUGAAGAUCGACAGAAAGAGGAUUUGCACAUCACUUCGAUGCUUUUCACUUUGGAUAGGGUUUUGAAACUGUGUGGAAGUUGUUUGGAUCCAAUGAGUGUGCAAAGUCCGUUCAGAGAAUGGAAUAGUGAAUUGGAAGAAGAGGAUUUUGAUAGGGAUAGUGGAAGUGGAUAUAGCUAUGGGUAUUAUGGACAACGAGAGGCUUGUCGGAAUUUGAAGGAGGUUGAUUUGACGUCGGCGAGAAAUUCGGAGAAAAUUGGGAUUGUUGAGAAUCAUGUUUCCCCAUUUGUCACGGUUUAUUCGAAUUUGUUUGAUUUGUAUAAAUUGGUACAACAUGCCAAAAGAAGGUUGACUUCGAUUAAACCAUUUGUGAAGAGUGAGUUUUUUUUAUAAAAAAAUUAUAAUUGUGCUUUUUUUUGGGAAAUCCAUACUAGUUUCAACAUUUUUGUUUUUCCCGAGAAAAUUCCCUUCGGUUUCUAAUUAAUAGAUCAAGCAAAAUAAAAUGAUGAAAGAAAAAACAGAUGAUUUUCCACUGUUUCAAAAAUUUGUUAUCAGUUUUUCAUAUAAUUUUUUGUUCAGUUUUUAGUUUCCAAGUUAGACCUCAUGAAAACAAUGGAGUUAUCUCAAGUCUCCUAGAAAUUAUCUGGUUCAAGAAGGAUUUAUCGAUUCUCAAUCCUUAAUUUUAAAAUUUUAAUCUCAAAUUCGGUUUUCCCAAGAAAAUUUCUCUACGAAUUGCUUGAGCAAAAAAAAUUAAUGAAAAAACAGAUUAUAGACUUUUGAAACAGUAAUUUUUGACUGUUUCAAAAAUUUGUUAUCAGUUUUUUUAUAUAAAUUUUUGUGUUGUAUGCUCUGCAAAUGGAAAAUUAGGAGUUAUCUCAAAUCUCCUAGAAAUUAUCUAAAACCUAGUUUUCACCUUUAAUCAAUAUUGAAACAAUUCAAACCAACGAAGAAACGAUUCAUAAAAAAAUAUGAGAAAAUUUUGAAACAGUAGAUUUUUACACGUUUUCUUCUUUCAGAUGAAAUUCAAUUUUCACAAUGCAACACAUUCAUUCUUUUAUCUGCCCAUCAACAAUUGACAAAUAUUUGCGAUGCCACGUGGAUUGUUAGCUCCGAAGAGAAUUCGAAGAUUUGCAAAGAAAUCUAUAAGGAUUCGAAUUAUCACGAUUUGCAAUUGAGAGUUUAUGCGAAAGGAAUUACGCCGUGGAUGAUUGGAUUGAUUUUUGUGCCGAUUGUUGAAUCGACUUUUGAUGAAAAUGAUGCGGGUGAGUAUUUUUGGGCUGGGGAGAUUUUUUGGGGAUUCAAAUAGAAAAUAGUAAUUAUUCUGGUUAUUUAAUUUUUUUUUUAUUGAUUCAUUUUUAAACAGUGAAAAUAGGUUUUACGAUUAUUAGAAAUCGUUAGAAAGAAAAAAAAUGAAAACAUUCUAAUUUCUCACAUAGUUUUUAUGAAUGUUCUGUGAAACAGUAACUUUUUUGAAAAUUACACCUCUGAAUUUUUAUUAGAAGUUUGAGUUCAUGAUCUUUUCUAGCCCAAAACAUUAUAAUCUUUCAAAGAGAAAACAUUUUUUUGAUAACAGGCUCUGUUCGGAAUUAUUCACGUUUUCUACAGAUUUUCAAUGAAUUUUCUCUGAAACGUAUUUUUUCUAGCCCGAUAAAUUUCAGGAAUUUUUUAAAACAAAACAAUCAGAAAAUGUAACAUGAAUUUUCUGAAUAAUUUUUAAUUCAAAAAGUAUUGAAACAGUAAUGUUUGAAAAUAGUUUCCAUUCACAAGUAUUUGCAUUAUUUUUAUUCCUCACAUAUUUUUCAUGAAUUUUCUUUGAAACAGUAUUUUUUUUUGAAAAAAAAUAUGACUUGUAUUUUUUCAAAAGGUCAUAUUACCGCAAUUUUAUGAAAACAAUACAGUAUGAAAUUAUACUGGUUCUCUAUAUUCUUUCAAUGAAUUUUUUUUGAAACAGUAAAUAUUUUACGGCUUCAUUUUUAAAGGUAGAACAUUUUUUUUAGCAAAGGGAUAAACUAAAUAAUCGUCAUUAUUCUGAUUCCCCACAUAUUUUUCAUGAAUUUUCUUUGAAACAGUAAAUUUUUUUCUAAAAUUACAAUUCCAAGAAUUUUAAUUUUCGAACAAAAAAUUCGAAAUUUUUCUAAAACCUAGUUUUUCAUUAGUAGUGUGUCAUUUUUCUAGCCCAUAAAAAUUUCCGGAAUUUUUUAUCACAACUUUAGUUUCAAAAUAACAUGAAUUUUUCAAAUAAUUUUUAAUUCAAAAAGUAUUGAAACAGUAAUUUUUUGAAAAUAGUUUCCAUUCAUAAGUAUUUGCAUUAUUUUUAUUCCGCACAUAUUUUUCAUGAAUUUUCUUUGAAACAGUAAUUUUUUUUGAAAAAAAAUAUGACUUGUAUUUUUUCGGAAAAAAUAAUUAGAAUUUGCCUAACGCCUAUUUUCUCAUUAGUAAAUUCAGUGUGCAAUUUUUCUAGCCUCAAAAAAGUCAGGAAAAUUUUGUUCAGAAUUAGUUGAACCUUCUAUCAAGUAGAUUUUAAAAGAAAAUGAAUUUUGGUAUAAUUUUAAUUGAAGAGGUCUUGAUACCGUAAUUUUAUGAAUAUAGAAAAAUAUGAAAUUAUUCUGGUUCUCUAUAUUUUUUCAAUGAAUUUUUUUUGAAACAGUGAAUAUUUUAGGUCUUCCUUUUGAACAGUAAAAAUAGUGUUUUCUGUCCCAGUAAUGAAAACGAGAGCAUUUUGAUUCCCCACAUAUUUUUUCAUGAAUUUUCUUUGAAACAGUACAUUUUUCGAAAAUUAUAAAUUCCAUAAAUAAUUCUUUUCGAACGAAACAAUCGGAAUAUUCCUAAAACUUUAUUCGGAUUGAGUUGAACUAUAUUAUUUUAGUUCCUCGCCUUUUUUUUCAUAAAUUUUCCAUGAAACGGUAAUUUGGAAAAUAUCGAAUUCAAUGAAUAUGAAUAAUUUGAAUUCAGAAAAUAUUGAAACAGUAAAUUUUUGUCGAAAUCUAGGAUGCUUCCCACAAAUAUCUUUUUGUUGUUUCAGAUGGAGUUCCACUUGUAAUAAUGACUUGCAAUGAAGCUCAACUUUCAUAUUGUGUAGCAACUCAAAACUUGGAUGAAGAAGGAAUUGUAAAUGUCCCAAUAAAAGCAAUCCCCAAUGAUUGGUUUUCAAAUGUCCGACUCGGCUGGCGACCGAAUAAUAAUAUUCAACUUCCCGAAAACACCAACACAUUCUUCGGAUUCACUGAAUACAUUUCAAAUGAGAUUGUGGUUGCUACCAAAAUUGGAGCAAUUUAUGAAGCGGCAAAAAUGGGCGUGGAAAUUGAUGAAGAAUUGAUUGGAGAAAUGGAUGAUGAUUGUUUCUUUGAAUUUGAAACUGAACUGCAAUCUGUGCCGCCGACUUUGAAAUUUUUGUGUGAACAUUUUAAAGGAGCAAAGGUUUCGCAGGAAAAUGUUUGUAGUAAACAAUCGAAUAUUGAAGCAAUGUUCAAGAAGGUUUUGGAUAGAACUUUUGCGCCAGUUUUGGGAGCAAAGUGUUUAUAUUAUUUGAAACCUGUGAAAUCCAAGAGUUCCAAGAAAAAACAUCAAGAAAAUGAGCUGAAAAUGAAUUUGAAAAAAUUGAAAGAUAAUACGAUUCCUUUAUUCAUCCAAUUUAAUUGCUCAAUCACAUUUCCUAAUACAAUGAUCUCAUUUGUUGUGGAUUUUUUGCCUUCGUGUAUUUAUCAAGUUUUGGAAAAAUGCAAAGAUUUCGCAGAUUAUCCGAAAGAACCAUUUGAUGUGAAAGAUUUGGAAGUGCAUGUUGAAUUAAUUGUCAAAACGAGCCAGAUUCAAAAAGAUCACCAGAAUGCUGAGAUUGUUGAGAGAAAUGAGAUAAGUGAAAAAGGUUAUCGAAAUCCGCUGGAUUAUAUGCAACAAUCGAGACAGGUUCGAUUCCGCGCGCAAAAACGGCAGGAAAAUGAGGAAAGUGCGCCGAAUAUGAAUCAUUUGCCGAAACGAGAAAGGAAAGCGAUUCAGGAUUUUAUAACAAAUAUUGAUAUUAUGCUGGAUGUUGAAAAGUUUUUGGUGAAAACGAGAUGUGAAAAUGCGAUGACUGUUGAUACGUUGAAUGAUAUUAAGAAUUAUAUUGACAAAGCGGUAGGGUGUUUUUUGGAAGGGGGAUUUUCGAAAAAAAAACUCUAAAAGUUGAUGAAUUCAGCUUCUCUAAUGCCAAUUUUUCACAUUUUUUGCUGAAAAUUGAAAUUUCAACGUUAAUUUUACCAUCAAAAUCAAAGAAUUUCCACAACAAUAAAAUCUACUGUUUCAAAAAUUCUGGAUAAUAAAAUAAAUGACAAUAAUCUUCAAUACUUUCAAAUAAUGUUGGAGUUAUCCUAUGUAGAUCCCGAUAUUGCAAUCAAGUUUUCUUCACAAUCAGAAAAUUAUAAUUUUUGAAAAGUAUCUAAUGGGCCUAUGCAGAAUAAUAUUUUGUAAUAAAAAAACAUUUUUUUUUCCUAUGCAGAAAAACGUCGAAAAAACAGAAUAUACAGUUUAUUAUUUUGAGUAGAGACAACUUGAAAUUGAGAGAGUGCAGACAAAAAACCCAUUUCAUGUCUGCGCUCUCUCAAUUUCACGUUGUCUUUAUUUUAUUUUUUCGACGUUUUUCUGCAUAGGAAAAAAUGUUUUUUAAUGUUUUUUUAUUACAAAAUAUUAUUCUGCAUAGGCCCAUAAAAAAAUGGAGAAAAAAUACUCCAGAAAUUUAAAUUUUUUCAAAACCUUCUAGUUUUGAAAUUUUAAAAAUUCUAGCUGGAAAUGGGCUAUUCAAAAAUUUUGGAUCAAUUUUAAUUUCACUAUAACUCACACUUUCAAGCUCACAAAAAAUGACCGUUCAAAAUUUUCAAAAAAAUCUACUGUUUCAAAUUGUUUUGAUAAUAAAAUUAAUGGUCAUAAUUUUCAAUACGAAAUUUUUAGAGUUUUUCUGAAAUUUAAAAAAAGCUGUAAAUUCCGAAGUUUUGAUGGAAUUUCCUUUAAAUUCAUCUGGUCUCAUUAUUUUGAGAGCAAAAAAAUUCAUCCUAGAUUUGUCCGAAAUUUCCACAAAAAAAACUACUGUUUCAAAUAUUCUGGAUAAUAAAAUGAAUAAUAUGUAAGCUUUAAGGCGAUUUGUGUAGUUUUCAAAAUUUUUAAUUUUAAAAUAAUGUUUUAAACUAUGAAAAAACAGUAGACAAAAAAUACAAACAUUUUCCAGAAGUUUUGAUUUUAAAUUCGCUUCCAAAAAAAAUCUACUGUUUCGAAAAUUCUUGAUAAUCAAAUGAAUGAUUAUAAUAUUUAAUCCAAUGUGACCAAUUUGUUCAUAAUUUUGAGCUCAAAGAACGAUUGAGAAAACAGUUCUAUUUUUCCACAACAAAUCCAACUUUCCCCAUUUUUCGGUAAUCUCUGAAUGGGGCCCCUGAAUGGGGCCAUUUUCUGAGAAAAUGGGGCCACCUGAAUGGGGCCACUUGUGUGGCAAAUUCCCUCAAUGGGGCCAGCAAGAAAAAAAAAAGAUUUUCUCACUUUUUCCUUAAUGGGGCCACCUAAAAAGACAAAACACACAAUUUUGGUAUAUUUCCUCAAUGGGGCCAGGUAUUUUUUGUGCAUUUCCUGAAUGGGGCCCAUCUUUUAAUUGUUUACAUCUUGUGACGUCAUAUUGAUAGUGAAUUGAAAUUUCAUAAAAGUUUUCAAAUUUUUUAAUAGCGUAUGUGAGUUAUAACUCAUAUGUUUACCACGUAUGCAAAUUUUGGGUUCUCAAGGCAUGGAGCCUCUCUUACAUGAAAAUUCCCAAGUUUCAACAAUUUUUGAAACAGUAAAUUUAAAUGAAAUAUUUCUUUCUGGAAUUCAAGUCUUGUUUUUUUCAAACACUCGAAAAGUAUCAAAAAUCACAGAGAAAAUUCAGAAUUUUCACAAAUUGGAGAAAAAAAUAUCAAAUGUUUUUCGCAAAUUUUCGGGUCAUGACUCAUGAGAAACUUAUACUACGCACUAAACAAUUCGAAAAAUUUUCCCGGAAGCAUGUUUUGAAAAUUGAACGAAAAUCUGGAAGUAGUUCUUUAGAUAAUUCUCACAGAAAUUCUAUAUAGAAUUUGAUAUCUAUUGAAGAACAUGUCAUAUAAGUUUUCACACCUUGAUAUUUUGGCACCUUGCCCAUAAACAAGACACGGACAUCGCGCAAAAAAGUGCGUUUUUUUGGAGACCCAGAUGAGUUUUUUGGGAAGUUAUCCAAAAAACUUGUUGUCAACUAGCUAAGAAUACGAUAAUAACCAAAACUUAAUGAAACGAACAACUUAUUUUAGAAGAAAACAUCAAUUUGAUUAGAGAAAAUAAUUGGGCAAGAAAUGUAAAAGUUUACCCAGAAAAAUUAUUCGAGGAAAAUUUCAAUAUUUUCAUCGUCAGAGCCUGAAAAUUUGAAAAAAAAGUUCCAUUCGAAAUUUUUUUUCAAUACUGAGAAUAAAAACCACAUCAUAAUAACGUUAUUAAAAAUUUGAAAACUUUCAUGAAAUUUCAAUUCACGAUCACUAUGACGUCACAAGAUGUAUAAAAAUUAAAAGAUGGGUCCCAUUCAGGAAAUGCACAAAAAAUACCUGGCCCCAUUGAGGAAAUAUACCAAAAUUGUGUGUUUUGUCUUUUUAGGUGGCCCCAUUAAGGAAAAAGUGAGAAAUUCUUACUUUUUUCUUGCUGGCCCCAUUGAGAGAAUUUGCCACACAAGUGGCCCCAUUCAGGUGGCCCCAUUUUCUCAGAAAAUGGCCCCAUUCAGGGGCCCCAUUCAGAGAUUGCCCAUUUUUCCAGUGCAACGCAAUUACACCAGUUGGUUUCAAUGAAAAACGCGAAAAAGCCAUUCUCUACGCCAUCAAAAAUGAGGAUAAUCGAGAAAAAUAUUUGAAAUCCCUCGAAAAUAUGGAUCUUGGCUAUGCAACUCUUCGCCGACUUCCAAAUACCGAUUAUUAUUUUUGCUGCAAAGUUGAAAAUAUUGAAGAAUUCCGAAAAACUCGAGAAGAUCCCAAUGAAAUUAUUGGAAAAGAUUUGCUUUUUGAUUUUUGGCUGAUUAUUACAAUUGAACCAAUUCAUCCGGAGUGAGUUUAAAAAUUUAAUAUUUUUUCGUUUUUGGAAAAAAAUCUGGUUUUUUAGAAACUCUUGUGACGAAAAAGUGAAUAUUUCGUUUUGUCAAAGAUAUGAAAAUGUGCACUCGAAAUUAUUGGAAUGCUGUGCAGAUACUGUUCGAAGAAAAUUGAGAACUUUGAAUCAACAAAUGUUGUUGGAAAGAAUGAUGGAAACGAGAGAAUGUGAUGCACUUUUGAUUGGAUGUGGAGAGAUUUUGAAUUCCAAUGAUACCAUGGAUACGGCUGAUAAUUUGUGAGUUUUUUUGGGACCUCAAAAUUUUCUCUAAAUCUCUUCACCCUCCAAGAUUACUAAGAAAAAAUCCCGGAAAAAAUUAAGGGUUGAAAAUUACUGUUGUGAAAUUACUACCCUAAUUUUUUUCAUGAAAGAUAAAAUCCAAGAUUCAACACAAAAGUGAGAGAUUCAGAGAAAUUGGUACAUUUUUGAAACAGCAGAUUUUUGGCGGUUUCAAAAAUUUGUUAUUAAUUUUGUGUCAAAAAAUCCCUUUGUUUAUAUUUGAAAAAUUGGUCAAAAAAAUUGAAUUUUGAAAAUUUAAAUUGUUUAACAACAAAGUGCAGGCUGGUUACUGGUAAGUCAAACUGAAAAUUUCAGAAUUCUUCUUGUUCAAAAAAUUGAAAUUUCAAAAGAUUAAAACGUUUGUGAGACGAAAGUUUACUGUAAAUUUUUUGAAACAGUGAAAUUUUUUUUUGGAUUUUUCGAUAAAAAACAUUUUACUAAAAUUUCAGUAGCUUGUUCCAGAACACUGGGGUCUUUAGGCGCUGAUCCUUGACAAGUUAAUUUUCUAGGUGUGGUUACUUGAGAGCUAUAAUUUCUUGGAUCGGUUACUUGACAUCCAAUCUCUUUUUUCUUUGAAUUUUAGAAUUAAAUCAAACAAUUUUACUUUUGAAAACCAAAACCUUUGCUUAGAAUUAGAUGCCUCCAGAACCUUCAAAAUCCAAAUUUUGCAGAGACCGAUCUCGCGAUGUUUCAUCAAUGUCUCCUCGUUUCGAUGAUUCUUCAUUCUCUCAACCACCAAUCGAUAAACGAAUAUUCAAAAGAGAUUUUCAUGUCAAAGAAUUGCCAAAAGAUGAUAUUUUGGGUGGAAAUAAUGAUGAAUCAUCGUUCCCAAAUCUUCCUGGCUAUUUCGCUUGUCCACUUCAACGUCAAUUCUUUUUCCAUGUUCACAGAAGACUUCGAGAAUUGAUUGGAAAAGCACCGCUUCUUUAUGUUUUCAAUAAAUUGCGAACAUUUUUGCAAGAAUACGGAGUUCGAAAUCGACCGAAUACAUAUGUUUUGAGAGAUGAUCGAAAAGGGAUUUUGAUGUAUAUUCAACUUCAUAUGACAAGUGAUUCGUAUUUGAAAUCGAUUCGGAAUGAGAGAAGAGAUAAGAAGUAAGAAUUUUUGAUAUAGGGGAAGGGGUUAUGACGUGGCAAUAUUUGGAAAAUAAUCUGAAAAUCCGAAAAUUUCAGUCAAAAAAUCGAUUUUCUGAGAAUUUUUUCUAACAUGAGCAAUGCUUCUGAAAAUUGAAAAAAAUUAUUUUCUGAAUUUUAAAUGUACAAAAUUUUAGACAAAAAUUCGAGCAAUGCUUUAGAGAUGUGGAAAUCAGUAAUUUUGAUUUUAUUUUUACAAAAAAGUUUUUUGAAACAGUUAAAAUUUUUUAAAUUUUAGGUCUGUCAAGAACGUUUUUUUUCCAAAAUGAAAUAAAAUUUACAUCAAUUUCCAUGAAAUUCUAUAAAGAAAAUAUAAUAUUUGAAAAUUCCUGUUUCCAAUUUUGCCACGUCAUAACUCAAAACCCCCGGAAACUUCUAACUUCAUCUAUUUUUCCAGACAUAAAGAAUAUCAAUCAGACACUGAUAUUGCAAUGACUGUUUUCGCUCUCGAAGAACCGGAUCCCGAAUUUUUGGAAAGUUUUGUCGAAACUCGCCGACAGAAAAUCGAUGGUCUUUUGGUUGAUGAACUUCUUCGAACUUUUUCCAAAAAUCGAGAAGCAGCAAUUCUCGAAUCGGAAGUCGAAUUUCUCCAACCACCCGAUUCGCCGCCAAUUUCUCGAUCAUUUUUCUCGAUUCCAAACUUCUUUGUCGAUCAUCUCGCUGCUCUUUUCUAUUAUACAAAUCAACAUUUAGAAGCGUUGGCUCAAUUUCCGAUAACUCGAAUCAAACAUUUAUUGACGAAAGGAGAUUCAAGAAAUCCAUCAGUUGCCUCACUUUCUUCUUCUGAAAAUCCGAAUUCAUCUGCGAUCAAAUUUAAACCGUAUAAACCGAUAAAUGGAAGUCUCCCAGAGAAAUUUGAUAUGUCAACAUUUCAUUUUUAUUUGAAACUUCCAUCGGUUGGUGUGACAAGUGUUGGAAUUGGUGUGAUGGAAAUGAGAUUGGUUAAACCGAAUGGUGAAGUAUUUGAAAUAUUGGGACAACCUAAAAUGAAUGAGCAAAGUCAUAAUAUGUUUGUACCAAAAACACCGGGAGAUAAUUCGCUUUUUCAUCGAGAUAUCACUAAAACACAACGUUUUGAUGAGCCAAGAAAUCAUGAAAAAUCAAUUUGUGGAUAUUUGGAAAUGAAUUUAUGGAAAAGAGGGGAAAUUGAAGAGAGAAACUGUUUGGAUUCAAUUAUACAAGAAAUGAUGGAAAAAAGUAUGUUUGAUGUUAUUACUGAAUUCGGAUAUUUGAAUACGAAUUUGUUGCAAUCAACGGCGAUUUUCACGAAACAUAUUGAACAACCUGUUGAAUUUCAUGUGCUACAAGAGCCCAAUCCGUUUUAUAUCCCGGGAGAAAGAUCAGAUGUUAGAAGAAGUUUGGUAAGUGUUUUUCAUGUUUGGGAGAAAAAAAAAACUUCUGAGCUCUCAAAAAUGCACAUUGGCUCAUAAAAGUUACUCAAAUCACCAUGAAUUUUGCGAAAAAUGGAGUAUUGUAAAAUUAAUUUUCAGCUGACAAAGAAAGAAACAUUAAACAUUUUCAAAUGUUUUCGAGAAAUUAUUAAGAUUUUUUGAAACAGUUGAAUUUUGAAAAAAAUCGAUUUUUCAAAUACUUUUUUGGAUUUACAAAUUUUUUGAAACAGUUAAAUUUUAUUGUUGUUUUUCAAUUGAAAAAUCGAAAAUUCAGGAAAAUAUGUUUUAUUCGGAUCUAGUGCCAAAUGUAAUCAAGUUUUUGUGAAUUUCUAUGUUUAUUCAAAAAUUUUUGAAACGGUAAAGUUUUGAUAAAAUAUUUAGAUGUGUAUAAGGAAACUAUAAGUGAAAAAAUUUUCUGUUUUUGAAAAAUUAUGUAAGAAACAUUUCUAUAAGUUUUUCGAAACAGUCAAUUUUCGCAAACUCAUUCAACCCGAAAUCCAUUAUUGUUUUUCAAAAAUAGAAAGCAUUCAGAAAAUCUUGAAGCAGUGAAAUUUUCAAAAAAAAUUUUUUUGGCAAAAAUUCGUCUUUUUUAUCAACUUAGCAAUUUUUGAAAUGAUUUUUCGAUUCCAAAAUUCAUUGAAACAGCGAAAAAUUGAUCGCAUGAAAAAUUCUUUUUUUUCAGGGCGGAAGUGUUGAUUACGGUGCUCCAAAAACAACUCUAUCAAAACUCAACUCAAUAUCCAAGGAAUUCGAUCAUUGCCUGAAAGAAGAAAUUCUCCACAGAACUCCUGAUUUCAUUGAUCCAAGAACAGCUUAUGACAUUAUCAAUUGGUUCAAAUUUGUGGCGUCGAGACAUGGAGAAACGAAUUCGGUUGUGAUUGAUUCGGUUAGAUUUGAAUGUCAACAUGCACUUCUAACUGUGAGUUUAUAAAAUGUAGAAGAUGGGAGAUGAAAAAUUAAAGGAAACAAAUCUCAAAAUUUGAAUUGGUUAGGAGAAACUUUUCCUAGGCUUUCCAUAAUUUUUUUUGAAACAGUAUAUUUUUCUAAAAGUUGAAAGUUAUGCAGAAAAGAACACACAGUUUUCAACAAAAUUUCCAUUUUCAGCCCCUUUUCGAAAUCCGAAAUCGAAUUGAAAUCGAACUUGGUGGACCUUCUUCUGGAAUGCAUGAAAAUGUUUUUCUCUGUGGUCUCAAAAAAUCGGAAAAAACACACGAAUCCGAAAGAGCAAGAGAAUCAAAUUUCCGCGGAUCAAAUGUUUCGAUCACCAAAAAGAAGCCCGAUUGGGUGUUUGAAAUUCUAACAACCGAUCCAUUUGUUGGAAUGACGGCUGAUGUUGGUGUUGAUGAGACUCGAGAAAAUCGAAAAUAUUUGAUUGCCAGCUACAUGAAGCAUAUAUUUGGAGGAGAGGAUGUUGUGAAUUUGGAUGAUCGGAAAGUUAUGGAACGGCAAAUGUUGUUUAGGAAUCAUUUACGUGGGUUUUUGUAGGGUUGGGGUAGGGGGAGAGUUCUGAAAUUCAAAAAAUCAAAAAUGCAAGACAAAAUCGAGUGUCACAAAACAAAUCAGAAAGGAAAACCGUGAAAAAAUACGUUUCAAGAAUUUUAUUAAACAUUUUUUUUCUGGGGGGUUUUUAUUGGUUUUCUGGUUCAUUGAAAACUUGAAAAUUUUUGGAAUUUUCCAUGAAUAUUCAGUAAAUUCAAUACGGUAAUUAUUAUCUAUUUUUUCGACAAAAAUUUGAUGAUUUUUGUUUUUGAAAGUUAUUUUUUAUCUUCAACGCGAUGAAUUUUUGAAACAGUGAAUUUUCAAAAUUUCUGAUCGUAUAUCGACUUUCAGAUCAAUUUGAUGAACAAUAAUAACAAUUCAUGACAUUUUUGAAACAGUAAAAAAUUGAAAGUUCAUAUUCGUUGUUUUCCAGACGCAAAAUACGAGCCAAAAAUCCGAAACAAUCAAUUCAUCUCCCGCCAACGUGUCAUGUUUGCAUUAAUGCGUGGCGAUAUCAUGGACGUGUAUUUCUACAAUUUCCAUCCGAAUAUUCUCAAAGAAGUUCGCACGAAAAUCCACAAAGUUGCCGGUUGGCACAAUUCCAAGACUCGACUUCUCCGCGAAAUUGGAUUGCACAAAAUGGGAAUCACACAUUUCUCGAAUUUCAAUCCUGUCGACACAACCGAUGAAUUCAAUUAUGAGCAAUUGAUUUGGUCGGAUCCGACACAAUUGAUUGCCAAAGAAUAUCCGCCAGAAUUUAUGGGAAAUCAUAAACCGAUUGUUGAAUAUCCCGAAUAUUCGAAUAUUUUCUUCAGAAUGUAUCGACAGCCGAAUUUGCAAGUUACUAUGGGAAGAUGUGAGUUUUUUUGUGGUUAAAAAAUAUACUGUUUCAAAAAUUUGUGAAGGGUUUUCGCAAAAUUUGUUUUAGCGAUUCGCAAAUAGUAACUUUCACGAAGAAAAAUUACAGAUUUUAGAAGUUCACUUUUUUUUUUGAAAAAUUAACAUUUUUCUGUUUAAAAAUUUUGCUGUUUCAAAAGAUUUUCUCAUACUUGGUUUAAGUUCGAAAAAUCGUUAUAAUCAACUUGCAAAAAAUUUUACUGUUUCAAAAUUUUCAUUUUUUCGAAAAAAAGAUUAUUGAAAUAUUAGUGUAACUGGUAUUUUUUUCGAUUAAAAUUUCACAAUAUUUUUCAAAUCUUCAAAAAUUCACCAAAAAAUAAACGAUUCCUAGAUUUUCGUUUUUUUUUUCGAAAGAUGAGAAAUGUUUUGAAAUACCCACGUAAUCUGAAAAUUUUCAUGAGCCUAAAAUUCAGUUUUUCCCGAAAUUUUAAUAAUAAAUUCAGAAUUCCCAACAAAAAUUCCAAUAUUUUCAGCCCGUUUCGUGUUCAAAUCCGAUUGCAUUCCAACAAAUCACUACGAACAACUUCUUCGUUGGCGAGAUGGUUUGAAUGUAAAAGUGAAAACAAUUCGAAAACUCACCGAAACACACGAUGAAUUCUUGAAAGGCAAACGAGAAAUGCGCGAAGAGUAUUUGCACGAAUUCCUUCGACCACCAAAACUUCCAACAACAACAUCGCUCAAAAAUCCGGAUUCGACACAAAAACCACCAAGACCACAAGAUGAAGAGGAAACAAUGUCAAUGACGGAGAAAACGAGCAAAAGAGCAUCGGUUUUUGGGGAGAAUUCGAUUAAGAGUUUGAUCAAUCAGGCGGAUUCCGAUAUUUUUAAGUGGGUUUUUUUGGUAGAUUUUUGAGAAAUAAUGUAUUUUGACUUGAAAUACACAAUUUUUGACUCUAAUAUGAGCAAUCUUUUCCGAUAAAAAUUAAUGAUUUCAAUUAAUCUGAGCAAUGCCAGAAAACAAUACAAUUUGAGCCAAAAAUCUAUAAGAAUUUGAAUUCUCAGGCUAAUAUGAGCAAUGCCAAAAAAAAUUCAAAUAAAAUUGGAAAACGUCAAUUUUAGCCUAACAUGAGCAAUGCCUGGAGUUUUAAAAAAAAUUUGAAAUUUUCUGAAAAAAAUUAAAUUUUGUCACGUCAUAACUACUGAAUAAUUAUGUAUAUUUCCUAUUCGAAUCCUCAAAAUCUAUUAAUUAUUUUUUCCAGAAAACGCGGAACAUUUUUGAAAAAAAUCGAACUGAAACCCGAACCGGCAGCUGUUUUAGUCAAAGAAUUACGAGCUCCCCUUAUGAUUCUCGAUAAAUGGAGACAAGAAUAUCGAAAUAAUUUGGCUGAAAAAGAAAUUGAAGAAAUCAAUAAAAAAGAGCAAGCGGCUGAAGAAGAGGAAAAAGAGAAAAUCGAUCGAAAACACUCAAAAUCGAUUGAAAAAGUUAGUCUGAAAUCGGGAUCGAGUGGAGGAGGAGAAGAAAAUGGAGGAGAGAGGGAAAAUGACAAGGAAGAAGUGAAAGAAGUGGAGGAAGUUGUGGAGAAAAAGAAAACAUUGGUGAGGAUUUUUUUUGGGCGGUUAGGAAAAUCUGGAAAAAAUACGUUUCAAAAAUUUAAUUAGAAUUUUGUGAAGAUCGCGAAACUUUAAAAAAAAUAGGUUCCUCCUCAAAAAAUAUAAUUAUUUUUAAAUGGAUUGUUUACGUUUCAAAAAAACGUUUAAAUGUUGUUCUCUCAAAAUGUAUAUUAAUCUGUAAUUUUUCGUUUUUGCAGUUUGGCACAUUGAUUCAAAGAAUCCGAAAUUCUCCAAAACCCGAACCUUCUCAACCAUCAACAUCUGCCCCAUCAUCUUCUUCUACACCACAAAUCCCAUCAACAUCUCCACCAACUCAAGCUGAUAUUCCUGCUUUUGUCACAAUUCCACAACAACAACAAGUUCAACGAACUCAACAAGGUGCAUUUUCGCGAGCCAGAACGAUUACGUUGAAUGCGGCAAGUCGAUUGGUUAGACCGUUCAGGAGAAAUUCGCAUCGAGAAACGAGGGAAAUGUGAGUUUUUGGGGGAGAUUUCGCUGAACAUGUGAAUGAUUUUCACUGUUUCAAAAAAUUAUGAAAAAAAAAUGAUUACCAUAUUAUUAUUGAUAACAUUUUAUUAUAUUGAUAACCAAAGUUUCUCCAGAAAAACAAAACAAAAACAUUAGAAAAUUUUAAUUUUUCACUGUUUCAACAAAAUUUUGAGUCGAGAAAUCGGAUGAAUUUUGGAUUGCAUUGUUCUGUGAAGAAAAUUUUUCAAUCAAAUUUACUUUUAAAAAAUGAAUGACCUUUUUUUAUUCUUUGAAACAUUAAUUUUUCGUUUCAGUCUUGUUCAAAUUUUGUCCAGAAAAAAAAACUACAAUUUUUUCACUGUUUCAAAAAAUUUCAAUUAAAAUUGUCAGAAUUGAAAAAACGAAUCCAUCGCACAUCUCAAAAUUAAUUUAUGAUACAGAUUUUCAGAAACAGUGAAAAAAUUCUGGUUUAUUUUUUUUUCAAUUUUCUCAACAAAAAAAACUAAAUAACAGCAUUUACAAAUUUUUAUAUUUUCACUGUUUCAACAAAGUUAUGACUUGAGAAAUCUGAUGAAUUUUGGCUAAUAUUGUGAAGAAUUUAAUUUUUUUUAAAUUUUUUGGUAUUCGAAAUCGAUACCCUAUUUUUAUUCAUCACAUUUUCCAGUUUUGUCCAAAAUUUCUCCAGAAAAAAAAAAUUUCAAAAAUUUCAAAUUUCAUUUUUUUCACUGUUUCAAAAAUAUUCUGAAUCAAACUUUUGAUUUUCACAAGGUAUUGCCAUUCAUUUCUUCAAAUUCAUCGGAUUUCUCAAAAAAAAUUUUCACUGUUUCAAAAAAUAAAAUUAAUCAAAAGCUAUAAUUACUUCAAUUUCUAAAAAAUAGAGUUCCCAAAGUUUCUGAGAUAAUUAUCCCUUAAUUAUCCCUUAAUUUUCUGAUCUCCGAAAAUUUAAACAAUUUUUUAAUAUGAUUCAAAAUUAAAGUCUUUUAGUACUUUCUGAAGCUCCAAUCCAAAAAUUUCAAUUUUUGUAACAUUGCCCAAAGUUUCUCAAUAAAAAUUUAAUUGUUUUCGUGGAAUUUUGACCAAUUCAAGUUUUUCCCAAAAAUCCAAAAAAAAUUUUCACUGUUUCAAAGUGCCCAAAGCUUCCAAAAAAAAAUAAUAAAUUGUUCUGUGGAAUUUUGACCAACUUAAAAUUUUUGAAUUCAAGUUUUUCCCAAAAAUCCAAAAAAAUUCACUGUUUCAAAAAUAUUUUAAUUCAAAAUGCAAAAUUAACCCCUUCAUUAGUAAAGCAAAGUUUUUCAAAAAUUUUAUUUUUUCAGCGUUCUGAACAAUGAUGUUGAACCAAUUGAAACUGGAGAAAAUGCUCUGGAAAUAAUGGAAAACGAGAUGAUCGAAGAGUUGAAAAAAGAAGAGGAAAAAGUGAUUUACACAGAUCCGCCAGUUCUUCCAAUUUUAUAUUUUCAUGCAAAUGAAUUUGUAAAAUAUAUGAAAGAAACUCAUGGAUUCACAAAACUUGGGGUGAAUAUAAUGUGUCGAAGAUCAAUGCGAUUAAAUCGAUAUUCAACAAAUUAUAAUGAGAAAUAUAAAGAGAAUCCAUAUAUUAUUAUGGUGAAAGUUUACGAAGGUGGAAUCAUUUUCUGCGAAUUAAUAUAUAAAAUCCCAGUUUUCAUCGUGAAAUUAUAUAUUUAUGAAAGAGCAACACAUUCAACAGCUGAUUAUUAUAUGAUUGAUAAAAUGAUGAAAUUAUAUGCAAAAGAAACUGUGAAAUUGAAUAAUGAAGUGCAAUUAUUGGCAAAGAAUUUGGACCUGAAUUUAUUCAAUUAUGAUUUUAAUCUAAGAGUGAUUGCCAAGCAUUUGAUUGAUUUGAAAACGAAAUCUUCAAGUAUUUUCGGCGAAUUUUACAAUAUCUCUAACCUUCUUGACUCGCUCUUCAAAUAUCAUAAUCGAAAGGCAAAAUUAUCGAAGAAAUGUAGUAUUGAAAAGGAUUUCUACGAAUGCACAAGAAUUAAAAACGACGAUUUUUGGCAACAAUUUGUUACCAGCGAAAAUGAUCAUUAUUUGAUGCUGAAAAUGAGAGGAGAAAAUGGAGUGGAAUAUAUGUUGGCUGAUUUUGAGGAAGAGCAAGAAGAUGUUUCUAGUGAGAUGAUGAGAAUGAAACGGGUCUUUCAGUUGGUCUCGUUUUUGCCGAGAUAUUUGAAUUUUGAUAGUCAGUUUUUGCCGUAUUAUACGAUUAUUGUGGAGGAAAAUGAGGAGGAAAAAGGUUGGCAUUUUUCGGGGCAAAAAAUUUGAGAAAAUUUGAAAAUUUAAGAAAUUUUCAUCCAAAACAUUAGCUUUUCUAGCUAAAAAUCCUGAAACUUUGAAAUUUUUUGAAUGUAAAUUUUUCAUAGGCAAAAAAUCCCUAAUUUUUAAAGUUUUCACAAAGAAUCGAAGCUUUCCUCGAUUUUUCCUAGAAAGUAUCAGAUUUUUUUAAACAUUAGAAAUAUUUUACCAAAAUUCUCAGCUAAAAAAUUUCACUGUUUCGUAGUGUUUUUAUAUUUUUUUGAUACAAACAGUCAUUUGAUAAAAUAAUGAAAAAAAAAAUCCGAAAAAAAAUCUGCGUUCGGGGGGAAUCGAACCCCCGUCGAAUGCUUGGAAGGCAUCCAUGCUGACCAUUACACCACGAACGCGAUAUGAAAAUUAUUGGAAAAAUUUCGGAGAUAUCAAAACCUAAUUUGGAUAUGGGAUUUUCUCGCCAAAACCGGUUAUUUUCACGAUAUCCAAAUAUGUCGUUUUGAUAUCUCCGAAAUUUCUUCAAUAAUUUUCAUAUCGCGUUCGUGGUGUAAUGGUCAGCAUGGAUGCCUUCCAAGCAUUCGACGGGGGUUCGAUUCCCCCCGAACGCAGAUUUCACUUUUUUUUUGGAUGGAGAAUUAUUAGUAGCUCGAACACAUACAUUUUCUAUGAAACAGUAAAAUUUUUCAGUUGCAAAAACACCACUUGUGACCAAAAGAUCAAUCGAAGAACGACAAAUUUCGGUCUCGCCGCGACCUUCAACUUCAAUCGAAAAAGAUUCGACAGAUUUGACACAAGAAGAAUUGGAAACUGAUGAAAAUGAUCCGAAUUAUAUGAAUUUGCCUGAAAAACGGAAGGGAAAAUGGUGGAAACGGAAAUUUAGUCGAUGGAGUUCGAAACAAAAUCAGGAGAAGAAAAAUCGGAUAAAAUGGAUGGAUAAAGAAACAAUCAAGAAAUCGAAGAAGUUGAAAAGUAUGGAAAGAAAAAAUGAAAGAGAAAAGAUUGGAACUGGAACAACACCUGAAAAUAGUGAAGAAGAGGAAGAAAAUGAAUCUGAACAAGAAGUAGAGACUUCGGAUAACUUGACCAUCUCAAAAUCACAAAGUGAACCGAAUAUUUGUGAUGUUUCAUCGGAAGAAUUGGUUCAAAUAUUCUCAAAUUUGCCCAAAUCUGAUGAUGAAGAUGUGGAGAAAAUUGAAAAACGCAAAAAAUUGAUGAAAAAUCGGAAGGAUUUGGAGAAACGGGGGGAGAAUGAGGUGAGUUUUGAAUGGCUUUUUUUUUUGGUUGUUUUUUUUUCGUUGAAAUCUGAAAAAAAAAGAAUUAAUCAGAUAAAUUGAACCAAAAUUUUAUUAGAAUUUUUGAAACAGUAGAUUUUUUUAUUUCCAAAAAAUAUUAGAAACAGUAAUUUUUCGAAAGUGAAUUUUGAACAAUUGUUUUUACUGUUAUAGAAGCACUAAAAUAUCAUAUUUUGAAAUCAGAUUGGAUUUUAUGGGAAAUUUUUGAAACGUAAUUUUUUGGGGUUUUUGUUUGGAUCAGCAGAACCCACACAAAAUUAUGAAUAAUUUUGAAACAGAAUUCUCAUAUUAUCAAAAAUGCUGAAAAAAAAUUUGCUUGAUUUUUCGUUUGAAACAGUAAUUUUUCGAAAGUGAAUUUUGAAUUCGUGUUUUUUUUGUUUGAGGAGUAUUUGAUAAAAAUAUCAAAUUUUGAAAUCAGAUUGACUUUUAUGGGAAAUUUUUGAAACGUAAUUUUUUGGGGUUUUGUUCUGUCAGCAGAAAUUUCAACCCACACAAAAUUAUGAACAAUUUUGAAACAGAUUUCUCAUAUUAUCAAAAUGCUGAAAAAAAAUUUGUUUGAUUUUUUGUUUGAAACAGUAAUUUUUCGAAAGUGAAUUUUGAAUUCGUGUUUUUUUUUUUGUUCCAAAAAUUCAGUAAAAAAAUCAAAUUUUGAAAUGAGAUUGGAUUUUAUGAGAAAUUUUUGAAACGUAAUUUUUUGGGGACUUUUUUUCUUAUUGCAUUGUUAGAAUUUCUAGCCACAAAAAGGUAUGAAUAUUUUUGAAACAGUAGAAUUCUCAAAUGAUCAAAAAUGCUGAAAAAAUGUUUUGUUUGAAACAGUAAUUUUUCGAAAGUGAAUUUUGAAAAAUUGUUUUUUUUGUUCCAAAAAAUACCGUUGAAAAUUAAAUUUUGAAAUCAGAUUAAUUUUUUCGGAAAUUUUUGAAACGUAAUUUUUGGGGGAUUUUUUCUUAUUGCAUUAUUAGAAUUUUUAGCCCACAAAUAAUUAUAAACAGUUCCGAAUCAGUAGAAUUUUUUAAUUUGUAGAGAAACUUGUUUUUUUGAAACAGUAAAAAUCUCACAUUAUCAAAAUUUCUGAAAAGAAAAUUCGUUUCAUUCACGGUGAGAUUUUCUUGACGUCCCGACCCGUCGAGAAAAAUUUAUUCAGAAUGCAAAAAAAAAUGAAACUCCGUAUCCAUAAAGCACACAAAUGUGUCGCCGCUCUGUGCAACAGAGCGAACAUUCUGCACUACAAAUUAAAUUUCGCGACGGUUUUUUUGUGUGGACGGCGUGAAGAAAAUCUCACCGUGCAUUUGAAACAGUAAUUUUCAGAAGUAAAUUUGUUUGCUCAAAAAAAUACCGUUAAAAAUUAAAUUUUGAAAUCAGAUUGAUUUUUUCGGAAAUUUUUGAAACGUAAUUUUUUUUUGAAUUUUCUAGGAAAUUUUUUUGAACAGUAAAAUCAACUUGUAAAAAUUUCAAAAGUUUACAAAAAUCCAUUUUUCAAGUAAAAAACUCCUCCCAUUGUCACACUUUCCCUAACUCCCAUUAUACUUAGUUCCUCCUGAUUUUCCUGUGUUUUUUUUCGCGUUCCUAUUUUUGUUUCUAGUUUAGUUUAGUCUAACCCCAUUCACAGGAUUUUUUGAUGCACUUCUUCACGGACCCAAAUUCACCAGCACCACAAAAAGUAUUUGGAGAAAUAAGUCCCGCUUUGCUUUGAAUGUGAAAAUAAUUCGUCUUUUCAUUACAGUCUUCAGAAGUCGCAGAUCAACAACAACAAUAA